AUGUAUUCAGAACUUAAAAACCUUGAACGUUACUGGUCCUAUAACAGAUCACCCCCGGUUUAUCCCAGUCCUAAGUUGCAGUUUCCUUGCAUAGAUCGUGUGCAUCUGUUUAAUUAUACCACAGCUGCAGGAUAUGGGGCAGGCGAUUGGGCAAGAGCGUAUGAGCAAGCCAAAGCUCUUGCUGCUCAAAUGACCAAUGACGAGAAGAACAACAUCACCUGUGGCUUUCAAUCAACUGCCAACGGCUGUUCUGGAAUGACUGGCAGCAUCCCUAGGCUUGAUUUCCCUGGCCUUUGCUUACAGGACGCUGGAAAUGGAGUCCGUGGCUUAGAUAUGGUCAAUUCCUAUCCCUCAGGUCUCCACGUCGGUGCUGCGUGGAAUCGAGAUCUAGCGCUCAAAAGAGGCAGAUACAUGGGGGCAGAAUUCAAGCGGAAGAGCAUCAACGUUGCCUUGGGGCCUGUUGUGGGGCCUUUGGGUCAAGUUGCCCGAGGAGGACGAAACUGGGAAGGGUUCUCCAACGACCCUUAUCUCAGCGGUAAGUUGGCCUACGAGAGUAUCAUUGGAAUGCAGGAUUUUGUGAUUGCCAGCGUCAAGCACCUCGUCGGCAACGAACAGGAAACCGACCGCAACCCGUCCGUUUACUUGGCAAACGCUUCCAUUUCUUCCAAUAUCGACGACAAAACGAUGCACGAAUUAUACCUUUGGCCAUUCCAGGAUGCAGUCAAAGCAGGCGCCGGCUCUGUCAUGUGCAGCUAUAACCGCGUUAAUAGCAGCUACGCCUGUCACAACAGCAAGGUCUUAAAUGGCCUCCUGAAAACCGAGUUGGGAUUUCAAGGAUUUGUCGUCACCGAUUGGUAUGCCCAACAUACUGGGGUCGCCAGUGCAAAUGCUGGUCUGGAUAUGUCCAUGCCAUAUUCGCCUUAUUGGCAAAAUGGCAAUCUCAGUCUUGCUGUCUCAAAUGCAUCUAUGACUCAAUCCCGGUCGGACGAUAUGGCUACGCGCAUACUUGCGACAUGGUACAAGCUGGCCGAAAUUGCCAACCCUGGCGCGGACGUACCUGUGAGCCUAAAUGAACCACACGAAAUUAUCGACGCCCGCGAUCCUGCAUCUGAGCAUACUAUCUUCCAAGGAGCUGUUGAGGGUCAGGUGCUUGUGAAGAAUGUAAAUGGUGCGCUACCUUUGAAGAAACCGAAGCUCCUCUCCCUUUUUGGCUACGACGCUACUGCUACUACAAUCAACUCCCAGACACCAGCAUAUGCUUUCCUGCAAGGUUUAGGUUUGGGAAACACAUUGUCGUAUAUUGGAGGACAACCCUUCUCAUACGAAGUAGCGGCUGCCUUGAUGGGAAGUUUCUUCUCAGAUACCGCUGGGCCUGAAAUCGCACUCAACGGAACUUUGAUUACUGGUGGGGGAUCUGGCAGCAACACCCCAGCGUACAUUGAUGCUCCAUUCAACGCCUUUCAACAUAGAGCAAAGCAGGAUGGCACAUUUCUGUUCUGGGAUUUCUAUUCACAAGAUCCUGGUGUGAAUGCGGCAAGUGACGCCUGUGUUGUAUUUGCGAAUGAACAAUCUUCCGAGGGGUGGGACAGGCCAAAUCUUGCGAAUAGCUACUCUGAUACGCUCGUCGCCAACGUCGCUGGGAAAUGCAACAACACGAUGGUCGUUAUUCACAAUGCCGGAGUGCGCCUGGUCGAUGCGUGGAUUGAACACCCAAAUAUUACAGCGGUGAUUUUUGCCCACCUCCCAGGCCAAGACUCUGGUUCUGCUUUGGUGGAGAUCAUGUGCGGGGAACAAUCACCGUCGGGUCGUUUACCUUACACCGUGGCAAAGAAUGCAACCCACUAUGGCGAACUACUUGGUCCAGUAUACCCAGACAACUCUAGUCUUUACUAUACCCAAUCAAACUUCUCUGAGGGUGUCUACAUCGACUACCGCUACUUCAUGGUCAACCAGAUCAUGCCACGGUAUGAGUUUGGCUAUGGCCUGACAUACUCGACGUUCGAUUACCAGGAUCUCAAACUUCGAACUCCAGAUCGGUUGGAGACGUCGUACUUUCCACCAGGGCACGAAACCUACAAUUCGACCGCUCCAAAGCCCCCAGGGGGGCUAGAAUCACUUUGGGACGUCUUGGCAACUGUAAGCUGCACAGUAACCAACACCGGCCCAGUAAGCGCUGCAGAGGUUGCCCAGCUGUACGUUCACAAUCCUGCAGGUGGGCCGAAAAGAGUUCUACGGGGAUUUCACAAGAAGAUCAUUGGCCCCGGCAAAAGUCAGGAUAUGCACUUUGACCUCACUCGUCGAGACCUAAGUCAAUGGGAUGUUCAGACACAACAAUGGGUGCUCCCGCGGGGCACAUACGGAGUCAUGGUUGGCAAAAGUGUCUUGGAUAUCCAGUUGCUGGGAGAAUUCUCAAUAGCUCAUGAUGGAAAGACGGAUUUCCGCUUGUCGAACGGGUCCUGCAACUGA